AUGCAUGAAAACUAUUGGGUUGGCGCAGGCAUAGGAUACGUGGUCGAGAAGGAAUGGAAAGUGAAGAUGGAGGCCGAAUUCACGCCCACACGCAAAUGUAACGCGAAUUUCCGCAGUGGCGUUGCUCGUCGAAUGUUCAAUGAACUUCCAAAGGAGGUGCGGGAUGAAUGGGCGAAGGAGGCUAAAAGUUCGGCGGUUGCGGCGAAGAAGGAAUACGAGUCCGCCUUGAAGAUGCCGCCAUCGGAUAAUCCAAUCGUACGUCAACAAUGCUUGAAUAACGUUGGGGCCUUCCUAGGACCCAUUCUGGAGGGCGUUCGGCGGGCAACAGGAUGCCAUGUCAUCGCAAUUGUUGGAGGUCCCAUGACCAUAUAUGACGGGGAAAUAUCUACGAUGAAUGUAACUGCCGGGAGGAAUCUGGACCCUACUCCAAUCCCAUUUCCGUCGUGGAAGCCGAAGAAAUUUGCCGAUUUUAUGGACUUCAUGACUGAGUACCUAGAAACCGCGUAUACGGAGAAAGAUAAGAUUGCUGCCGGAAUACCUGCUGUACAUCCGCCGGAGUGGGAUACGCUAUCCGUGAUGCGCAAGAAGCAGAACUUCGACAGCGAAUCAUCGGAAUCGGAGUCUUCUGACGAGUCCGAUGAACUGUCUUCGAGCAGUGAUAGUGAGGAAGAGACUGGAAAGAAACGGCGUCGUCGAAAGAGCAGCGGUGGCAGGGCACGAAAAAGGGUGACAUGUGCAAAUGAGGAUCGCGCGAAGGGCCCCCCAAACAGAGAUGUUGACAAGAGGAAGGCGGCGAGGAAGGCAAGGAAGGGUCCAACGGAGGAGGACGACGGGAAAAGAGAGGCAUCAGAGGAAACGGCAAAUCAAAAAUCCGCAAUUGCCGAGGAUACGAGUUCGGAGGAUGACGAAAUCCCCAGCGGACCGAGACUCAGCGAGUACGAGCACCAGAGGAACGCCAACAUCAAGGCCAUUGCUGAAGAUCCACAAAUGAUAGAGAUCCAGAACGCUAUGAAGCAAUUCGCGGAUGAACGAGCGAGGGAGAGAAAGACGAAUGUAACACCACGACCUCGUCCUCAUAAGCAAAAAGGUCAGACAGAACCUUCCCGACACUCCCAGAGGUUAGAGGGGAGAAAGGAAGGAAGUGCGGGGGGAACAAUGAGUGCUUUGAAGGACGACGACAUGAUAGUGGACGAGGUAGCCCCGGGGAAAAGGAUGGUCGUUGGCAUGGGGGUACCUAGUAACUCAGACGCAGCUGCCGGCGUAGAAGGGCCUGCUACACCUUGUCAAGAUGGGAAUGAAGCGUGUUCUCCUGGCCCCGGCGUUCCUCAACCGACUCCGUCCUCAGAAACAGACCCAGAUACGGCCGCAUCCACAGAGAUCCCUUGCAAUGUGGCACCUCCGACGGAUCCCACUGCCCCCGAAUGGUUGAAGACCGCACUGAGCGAGUUGACGGCGAUGAAUCUGGGAGCACAGUUCGUCAAAAUUCUGUAUACGUGGGCGAACGUCGAGCGCCUUUGGGGAUAUGAGAACGUACGGGUAGGGCCACAUGUGAAGACAAGACCCCUGGAGCUAGGCAAAUGGGUGUCGGUUGGUCGAAUCCGCUCUAAAGAGCCCCAGAUAAAUGCGAAGGACUUGGACCAGUUCAAAAGGACUUGGGUUGUGUGGUGGAGAACGAUGCAGCCCGAAUGGAGGGCGUUGAAGGAAACAGAUAAUAUUGGCGCCUGGACGAGGGAGUUUUAUGGUUCUGACUGGUCGAGCUUGAAGUUUCCGGACCAAAAUGGACUUUUGGGGGUGUUGGCAACGUUGUCAUGGUGGGACAUCACCGCAAGAAGCAUGGGUGAUGACGUACGUGGUGAUGCAGGAAUGGUUGGAUGUCGACUGGGUGAUGGCUGGGCUUUCACAUGCACAAGCGGGAGGCGCGGGCGAGAGUAG